UCGUGGAGACUAACUAUCCCUUCCAAUCACACGCACACACGUGUGAACGCGCGCACACAGGGCGACGCUACUUCUGAGCGCACGAAAGAGAGAGAGAGAGAGAGAGAGCAGAGUUGGAAAAGUGAUCGAAACCAAAUCAAACCCCAAGCAAAAGAAAAAGCCGUAGCAAAGAGAAGGACUGAAGCAAAAAGCGACACCGCCAUAUAUAUAAUUAUAAAUAUAUACACAGGCAUUGCGGCAUUGACACACAGAGAGAGAGAGAGAGAGAGAGUGAUCGGUAUAGAGAAUUAGGGAAAAACGAAAGCGGAGCUCUGCAUCUCUCACAGAUUCACUGUUCAAGUUUUACACAUUAGCUUGUCACUUCCAAACUUUUAGUCUUCUGGAACUGGUACCAAACUCUGUCAAUAUACACCAUAGGUAAUGUUCUAUGAAUCACGAGUUUACAGGUGAUGCCAUUCAGGAUGUUUUUACCCUCUACAUAUAACGCUUUGAAUGAAUUUUGAAUUGAUCCGGAGGAGCUUCACAGCCGACUGACUAGAUUAGGUUGACUUUGCUGAGCUAAGUGGCAACCUAUUUUUUAGUUGCAGGUCUAGUUGCGUGUACCGGAUUAAUAAUUGUCUUUGUCAAGGGUGAUGCAUCCGACGCUAAUUCUUGGCUGCCUUUACUGGUGUAUAUUUUCUGGCCCUAUUUUUGUUGCAGUGCUUUCUCUUAGUCCAGAGCUGUAUGGGGGUCUGACCAUUGAGUCAGAAAAUGAAAUUAACUACUCUGGUUCCUUGUUAAGUAAUGCUUCUGAUGUGGUGACAUCUAUCUAUUUCAAAACAUCUGGUUCUUCAUACUUAUCUAAUGAUUCAGUAUCUUGCGAGGACCUGGAAGGUGUUGGAUCAUUCAACACUACUUGCCUGUUGAAAUCGAAUUUGCAUUUAGUUUCUGAUCUUUAUAUAUUUGGAACUGGAAACAUAAAGAUCCUUCCCAAUGUAUUGAUUGUUUGCCAAGUAGAGGGCUGUUUUAUAAGCUUGAAUGUAUCUGGAAAUGUUGAAGUAGGUGAAUAUGCUGCUAUUAUUGCUGGUUCUGUAGUCAUUUCUGCUGCCAAUCUAACUUUGGGUAAUAAUUCUUCUAUAAAUACCACAUCAUUGGGUGGCUCACCACCUCCUCAGACUAGUGGCACACCAGUUGGUUCUGAUGGAGCAGGUGGAGGGCAUGGCGGCCGAGGUGCUUCUUGUUUGAAAAGUAGUCAGACAAACUUUUGGGGAGGUGAUGUUUAUGCUUGGUCUACUUUGUCCAAACCAUGGAGUUAUGGGAGUAGGGGUGGUGGCACUUCUGCUGAUCAUCAGUAUGGGGGGAAUGGUGGAGGACGUGUUAUGCUUCAAGUGAAGGACAUGCUCUUUCUAAAUGGAUCUGUGACUGCAGAAGGAGGGGAUGGUGGAAGUAAAGGGGGAGGAGGUUCUGGCGGAAGUGUCAUUAUAUAUGCAUUGAAACUGAAAGGAUUUGGUAUUAUAAGUGCUGCAGGAGGGAGAGGAUGGGGUGGAGGAGGAGGUGGAAGAAUAUCAAUGAACUGUUAUAGCAGACAACAAGAAGUAAAAGUCACUGUGCAUGGUGGUCUCAGUAUUGGCUGCUCUUGGAAUUCAGGAGCAGCUGGCACGUACUUUGAUGCAUCAGUACGAAAUUUAAGGGUUGGGAAUGACAAUAUGACAACAGAAACUGAAACUCCCUUGCUGGAUUUUCCAACCAGUCCAUUGUGGUCAAAUGUUUUUGUGGAGAACAAUGCAAAAGUUUUGGUGCCUCUACUUUGGACAAGAGUUCAGGUGAGAGGUCAAAUUAGUUUACUUUGUGGGAGCACCAUCAUCUUUGGAUUGUCCGAUUAUCCUGUCUCAGAAUUUGAGGUUGUUGCAGAAGAACUUUUGAUGAGCUAUUCCAGCAUAAAGGUUUAUGGUGCAUUUAGAGUCUCUGUCAAAAUGUUACUCAUGUGGAACUCCAGAAUCCAAAUUGAUGGAGGUGGAUCUUUUACCACCUCCAUCCUAGAAUUGAGGAAUCUUGCUGUUCUUGCGGAAAAAUCGGUCAUCAAUUCAAAUAAAAACUUGGCGGUUUUUGGUCAGGGAUUUCUUAAGUUGAAAGGCCAUGAUGAUGCAAUCAUAAGUCAACGACUGUCCUUAUCACAAUUUUAUAACAUUACUGUUGGGCCAGGUUCUAUACUUCAAGCUCCAUUAGAUGAUGAAAAUAGCAAGAGCAUGGUAACCAAACCACAUUGCGAGAAUCCAUCGUGCCCAAAGGAUCUAAUAACUCCACCUGAUGAUUGUCAUGUUAAUGAUACGCUGGCUUUUUCACUGCAAAUCUGUAGGGUGGAGGACAUUCUUGUGAAUGGCCUCAUUAUGGGAAGCAUUAUUCACAUUCACAGGGCAAGGACUAUCAUUAUUGAUACUGAUGGCUUGAUAAGUGCAUCACAAUUUGGAUGCAGAAGAGGUAUCGGAAAGGGAAAUUAUUCAAAUGGAGCUGGUGCUGGUGCUGGACAUGGUGGAAGAGGUGGCUCUGGGUUUUUCAAGGGAUGGAUGGCUAAAGGUGGUGAUAUAUAUGGUGAUGCUGAUCUACCUUGUGAAUUAGGAAGUGGAACUGAGGGCCCUAAUGACACUAACGGAAAUGCAGCUGGAGGUGGAAUGAUUGUGCUGGGAUCCAUGCAUUGGCCACUUUCAAGGGUUCAAAUAAAUGGAUCUAUGAGAGCUGAUGGUCAAAGUUAUGCAAAACCAACAAAAAUAAGUGAUGGUACUUUGAUUGGUGGGCUUGGUGGCGGAUCUGGUGGCACGAUUCUUCUUUUCCUUCAAGAACUUGUGCUUUUAGAGAAUGCUUCUUUAUCUGUCAAUGGGGGUCAUGGUGGGCCUCUGGGUGGGGGUGGUGGGGGUGGUGGAAGAGUUCAUUUCCACUGGUCUAAGAUAUAUACUGGAGAUGAGUAUGUUCCUCUUGCAACUGUUUGCGGUGUCGUCAAUAGUAGUGGGGGUUCUGGAGAUGGUGGUGGUCUUUGCGGAGAGGAGGGGACUGUCACGGGAAAGAAAUGCCCAAACGGCCUCUUUGGUACAUUCUGCAAGGAAUGUCCUAUUGGUACAUACAAGGAUGUUGAAGGCUCCAAUCCAAGUAUGUGUCGUCCCUGCCCUCUUGAGAUUCUUCCAAAUCGUGCAAGUUUCAUAUAUGUAAGAGGGGGAGUUACUCAACAAUCUUGUCCCUAUAAAUGCAUAUCAGAGAAAUACAGGAUGCCAAACUGUUACACUCCUCUUGAGGAGCUGAUUUACACAUUUGGAGGACCCUGGCCUUUUGUGCUUCUGUUGUCUUGUGUUCUAGUGCUUCUAGCUCUGUUGUUAAGUACUUUGCGAAUCAAAUUUGUUGGAUCCGAUUCUGUAUAUCACACUGCAAACUCAAUUGAACGCCAAAGUCAUCACCAUUUCCCUUAUCUCCUUUCUCUGUCAGAGGUACGUGGGGGCAGAGCUGAGGAAACUCAAAGCCAUGUUCACAGGAUAUAUUUCAUGGGUCCAAAUACAUUCAGAGAACCUUGGCAUCUUCCUUACUCUCCUCCUGCUGCAAUAAUUGAGAUUGUAUAUGAAGAUGCUUAUAAUAGAUUUAUUGAUGAUAUCAACUCUGUUGCUGCAUAUGAUUGGUGGGAAGGGUCAGUGCACAGCAUACUCUCAGUGCUUGCUUAUCCUUGUGCCUGGUCCUGGAAACAGUGGCGUAGGAGGAAUAAAAUCCAUCGUCUUCAGGAAUAUGUAAAAUCUGAAUACGACCAUUCAUGCCUACGGUCCUGCCGGUCAAGAGCUCUAUACAAAGGAAUGAAGCUUGGAGCCACCCCAGACUUGAUGAUUGCAUAUAUUGAUUUCUUCCUUGGUGGUGAUGAGAAGCGUGUAGACAUGGUAACAAUUAUACAGCAGAGAUUCCCCAUGUGCAUAAUUUUUGGUGGGGAUGGAAGCUAUAUGUCACCCUAUAAUCUAUACAGUGACACGUUGUUAACAAAUCUUCUUGGCCAGCAUGUACCUGCAACUGUUUGGAACCGUUUGGUGGCUGGCUUAAAUGCCCAGUUGAGGACAGUUAGGCAUGGAUCCAUUUGUUCUGCUUUAGUCCCUGUUAUUGAUUGGAUCAGAAGUCAUGGAAACCCACAACUUGAGUUUCAUGGAGUUAGAAUUGAGCUUGGAUGGUUCCAAGCCACUGCCACGGGUUACUAUCAGCUGGGUAUCUUGGUAGUAGUUGGUGACUAUUCUCCCCACAGUCUGCAGCAGUCCGAAUCAGAGAGAAGUCACGAUCGGUAUCCAAGGAAAGCUGCUAUUUCUGUACACAGAAAUCUUCAGCAACUACAUCAGAGUCAGUAUACAAGUCAUGGAUUAACACGUAAGAGGAUUUCUGGUGGAAUAAAUGGAGGUGUAAUCAAUGAUGCUACUGUGAAAUCUUUGGAUGUCAGACGGGACCUCCUAUUUCCACUUUCCCUUUUACUGCAGAACACAAGACCUGUUGGGCAUGAGGAUACCCUACAGCUGUUGAUCUCUAUCUUGCUUUUGGCAGACCUUUCUGUCACCUUCCUUACAUUGCUUGAGUUCUAUUGGAUAUCACUCGGGUUUUUUCUUGCUGUCCUGCUUAUUCUUCCUCUUUCCUUGCUUUCUCCCUUCCCGGCAGGCUUGAAUGCCUUGUUCAGUAAGCGUCCCAGGAGAGCUUCACUUGCUCGUGUCUAUGCAUUAUGGAAUGCUACCUCUCUGUCAAACACUGUUGUGGCUUUCAUCUGUGGCUUAUGUUACUAUGAAUUUUCAUCUUUGCAGCAGCCAAAAGAGGCAAAUACAUGGAAUGCAAAAAGGGAGGACGACAGAUGGUGGCUUCUGCCUGCCGUCCUGCUCCUAUUCAAGUUGGUACAAGCUCGUUUUGUUGACUGGCACAUAGCGAAUCUUGAAGUUCCGGACUUUUCUCUGUUCAGUCCAGAUCCAGAUACGUUUUGGGCGCAUGAGCCUAGUUAAUGGCAUGAAGGAUUCCAAGAUGUUAUGCCAACGCAACACCAAGAAAUGCAGCGUAUGCAGUGUAAAUAUUUAUAUGUUGACAUUUUGUGCAGAGCCGUGAUAUACAUGUGCAGUUUUGUCUAGUGACCACAGGACAUGAACGAACUCUAGAUAGUGUGAUGUGAAGAAGGUAAAAAGAGGAAUAGAAUUUUCAUAAUUUGCUCAAUCACCCGUAUAUUGGAAUAAAGUUCAGAUCUUUGUAUAGCACAGCAUAUGUGUUGUGGUUCGCUUUUUCCCUCCCUCCCUCCCUCCCUCCCUCUUUAGCUUAGCUCUUUGGAUGGAUGAAACUCCGAGCAUGUUCAUAUUCAGUUUAGUUUGGUAUUACCGUCUAACCAAAAUCUAUUCUAUUCCAGCUUGGAGCAUAGCCUGAGAAAAUCAUGUGUUUGCAUAUACAAACUGCAACAUUAGAAAAGUUUUGAACAGGUCAGCAGUAUUUUUCAGCACCCGCAGGUGCUGGAAACUUCAGAUCUCUUAACAAAAAGAUAUUAUGUGAUAAUGGUACUUUUGUAACUGUGACUCGUGUCUUUUUGGUAUUUUUCAUAUGAACUCCCGUAUGAAAAUUGUGCAUGAA